UUUAGAAGUGGUGUGAACAACCCAUUUUACCCGAUGUAAUUAUGAGUUGUCUGCUAGCGGGUGCUAAAUGAUAUACAAAUUAAAUUGACAUAGUACUAGCAAAAUAAUGACACUGUACCAUUUUGGAAAUUGUUUAGCUUUAGUUUACGUACCAUAUUAUCUCACCUAUAAAUAUUCCGGAUUAUCUGAAUACGGAGCAUUUUGGAAAUGUAUUCAGGCUGGAGGGAUAUAUAUUUUUACGCAGCUAGUGAAAAUGUUAGCACUAGCCACCUUCUUUCCUACAGCUGACAACAUAGGAGAAAGUGGCUUUGAUUUAGUUGGUGAAUUUUUAAAGUCUUCCAUAGAUUUAGCUGAUUUAGUAGGAAUAUUAUUGGUACUUAACAGUAUACCUGGUAAAGGACAUGCGAAAGUUUUGACUGCUGGAAUUGGAUGGGCAGGGGCUGAAGUAAUUCUUACCAGAUUUCUUUUGUUGUGGGUUGGUGCAAGGGGAUCUGAGUUUGAUUGGAAAUACAUUCAGAAGAGUCUUGAAUCUAAUAUUAAUUUAGUACAACACAUAACAACAGCAACACUUGUGUGGCUGUGGUCGCGGCACGAUUUAAAGCGUGGUUUAGUUCCUGUAGUUGUUGGUAUGCUUAUACUCACUGUCUAUAGGUCACUUAUCCUGGAUUUCCUAACAACACUGUUUCUAACUGGCCCAUGGGCGAUACUCAUUGUUAAAGCUAUUACUACUUUUGUAAUGAGUGCCACAACAUUGCAUAUGUAUGCAGGUCUUGCUCAUUCAAUUGGUAUCUUUUAAAAAGUAUCAUACACAUUAAAUUGAUAUACAGGGUGGGUCAAUAACUAUGUCCACUUUGAAUAUUGCCGUUAUUUGU